UUGAAAUACAGUGUUGGAUAUUUCUCCUGGUUGCUCCGAUAUGAUAACUGUGGUAAAUCAUUGGGAUGAGUGUGUAAAUGACUGUUGUCAAGCAGCCGCUGCGUCACGCACCAGUCCAGCAGGUGGCGCAAACGCACCGCGUGUUAAAUAAAACAACAGAUGAACAAAUGCGAAGCUCACAAGAAGGAGAUAGAAAGUGAACAUUUAAAAAUAAAAACAAUUCUUCAGAAAAGGUCAGGUGAAGUUUGUUUUAGGUCUUUGUUUCAUUUUUGGAAAAGAAAAGACAGGAUUUAAUAUAUCCAGACCCACACUCCAUUUCGGUAGGUGGCGGUAAAACUUCCAAAAGUUGUUUGCUAUCCGCCAUUAAAAAGGAAAGAAGCAGAAGAGAAGCUCACACUUGAGCAGCAGUAAGUUUUGUGUUUAUCAUAUUUAUGCUUUUAUCAGUUGUGUUAAUAAUCUUUGUGUUUUGCCAGACGCUUUAAAAUCUUGAUGUGAUAUAAAUGUUUUCGGACGGAGAUAUUUAUGUAGUCAUAAAGGUUUUGUUUCUUUGAUUUUCUUUCUGUAAUGAUGAAGACCAGGAGACAUCAGUGAAUCUGCUGGACUGUGGGAUGGAAGUGAAACAAGAAGUCAAAGAAGAAGAGAUAGAUGAAGGUGGUUUGAUUUAUUCAGACCUGAUGGAGGUCAAACAAGAAGUCACAAAAGCAAGCGAACAGACAGAUGAAGAUCUGAUAGUGAAGAAGGAAAGUUCACAACUCAGUAUAAUGGAGGAGAAACCUCAACAUUUCAUACCCAAGGAAGAAUCUCUGAGCUGCUUAAUAACCGAGAAGAAUUUGUCACCAAAAAAGAGAAACAAGCAAAAAACAACAGCCAAGAAUCCUCUUAUGUGUCCUCAGUGCGGAAAGAUUUUCAACUGUAAUUCUAAACUUAAAAUGCACAUGAAUCUUCACCAUGGAGAUACACCGUACAUAUGUGAUCAGUGUGGAAAGAGAUUUAAAAGUAAAUAUUAUCUUAAUCUGCACACAAGAAGACUUCACACUAGAGAAAAGCCUCACGGAUGCGAUCAGUGUGGGAAGGCCUACAUUCGUAAGUCUGAACUUGCAGUCCACAUGAGAAUUCACACGGGAGAAAAACCGUACAGCUGUGAUCAGUGUGGAAGGAGCUUCACUCGUAAAAGCCACCUUGAUGACCACAUGAGCGUUCACACUGCAGAAAAGCAGUUUAGAUGUGAUCAGUGUGAUAAAAGCUUUCGUCGUAGGUCUUGCUUAAGUGUGCACAUGAGAAAUCACACUGGAGAAAACCCGUAUAGAUGUGACCAGUGUGGAAACGGCUUUAAAGAGAAAUACUAUCUUAAUGUACACAUCAUGAGACAUCACACAGGAGGAAAACCAUAUAGCUGUGACCAGUGUGGAAAGAGCUUCAUUCGUAAGGGUGAACUUAAUCAGCACAUGAAACGUCACUCUGGAUAAAAACCUCACAGCUGUGAUCAGUGUGGAAAGAGCUUCACUUGCAAGUCUUCUCUUAAUGUGCACAUGAGAAUUCACACUGGAGAAAAACCGUACAGCUGCGAUCAGUGUGGAAAGAGCUUCUCUCGUAAGGGUGAACUUAAUCAGCACAUGAAACGUCACUCUGGAGAAAAGCCUCACAGCUGUGAUCAGUGUGGAAAGAGCUUCACUCGAAAAUGCCACCUUGAUGACCACAUGAGCGUUCACACUGGCGAAAAGCCGUUUAGAUGUGAUCAGUGUGAAAAGAGCUUUGGUCGUAGGUCUAGCUUUAAUGUGCACAUGAGAAAUCACACUGGAGAAAACCCGUAUAGAUGUGAUCUUAAUGCGCACAUAAGCAUUUACAUGGCAGAAAAACCUUUUAGAUGUAAAAAGUGUGGAAAGAGCUUUGGUCGUAGGUCUUGCUUUAAUGUUCACAUGAGAACUCAUACAAGAGAAAAAACGUAUAGCUGUGACCAGUGUGGAAAGGGCUUUAAUUAUAAAUACUAUCUUAAUAUACACAUUAUGAGACAUCACACUGGAGAAAAACCUCAGAGCUGUGAUCAGUGUGGAAAGAGCUUCAUUCGCAAAUCUUGUCUUAAUGUGCACAUGAAAAUUCAUACUAGAGAAAAACUUCAACAGAUGUGAUCAGUAGAGGACGUGUAACGGUUCUUGAUAAAAUCAGAACGGUGCCUUUCACCUCGCUUGGCUCGGUACGUGGUUCAACUGCAGUUCAUCAACGCAUCUAUAAUAAAACCAUAGAAACAAAUUACCUGUGUCUCACAUCCUUUAGGGGGCGUGUACACAAAAGCAUUUAAACCCGGCUGAAAACGCCAGGCAGACACAGACUGUACUCACUGCCAGGUUUUUUUUAGCUGAGCACUUUGUUUGCUAUGAUACAUCUGCUUUGUUUAUUAGUCGUUGAGCGAUGCGGCAGUUGAUUGUUGUGAUAUUUAUCCUGCCCCCUCCUCCACUGUGAUUGGACGACCGAGUCAGAAGUGACAUUGACGAGCUAAGCGGAAAUAACGUUGAGUAUUGGCGCUCAGUGCGAACAAAACCACACCAGCUACUGGCAUUUUUGGAAAGAGCUGCGCUUCCAUUGGAAACUGUUGAAAACAUACGGCGGUGUAAAUGACCAUUUACAGUAGUAAAGCUGUCCAGUAAACUGCACAAGACAACCCGAUAACAUUCAUAAAUUCAAUAUUCAAAACAAAACUGCGCACAUUGUUCGGCACAAGUCCCGCUGGCUACUGUAUAACAUAAGACAUAAAUUACAAGUCGUGUGUUAAUGCACACACAUGGGGAAUACAUUUCUAGCAUUUUACAGCUUUCUGGUUUCUAUAAAUGUGGUUGUUACACCUGUCAAUUACUGAACUGUGUGUGUACAGAAUAGGAUUCAGUAUAAAAGGUGAAGUGACAACCAAAUUUGCAGUGUGUAUGGGGCCAGUGUCAGCGACUUUGAGGUUUGCAGGGUAAUGGAUGAAAAUUGAAAAUGGAUAUGAAUAUAAGCAGUACUAAUAUUUCAUAAACAGGGCUGUUUAGUAAUUACAUGAAAAUCUUUAUAUGUAACAUUGCAGUAAUGUAUUACAUUUAUUUUUCUGUUUAUCCACAGUUUCAAAUGUUUUUUUGGUGGAAAAAUAAAAGAAAUGAUCCUGAAAAAAAUUUGAUAUCAUCUUUAGCCAUUUUCUGGUUUUUAUGUUUUUUUUUAAAAAAUGUUUUUUAACACAACAUUUUAUUAUAAUUUGAAGUAGUGUAAAGGCCUUUGAAAUGUUUUAUAUUGAGUCUGAAUAAACUGCGAGCUUUGAUGUUUGAGAAUUCUCAUGUUUGAGAUGCCUUAAUUUAAAAACGUUAAAGACCGUUUUCCCGACAGUCAUGUUUAACGGUCGAGUGCCAGAAGUCGCAGUUUGCAGCUGUUUAUAUAAUUUACUGAAUUAACAGCAUUAUAACAUCUUUUGAACCUACAAUUUCUCAACUUCAAGUUUUAAUACCUAACUUUUGUAAUUCAAACCAAAAUUAUGAGAUAACGAAGUAUUUUAGACGACAGUUGUGUCCUUAUUUCUUAAAUUUAAAAUAGCUUACAUCUUAUACUUACUGUCAGUGUAAUUGCUGUGUAUCAAGGUGCACACUUAACUAGACCACUUCUGUUUAAUGUAGUUGAAGAGAUUUGGACACUGUAGUUUAUGUAGUUGUUGGGUUGUCUGAGACUCUUUCGCCCUCUGAAGAAAUUAAAAUG